CUCCGCGGCAUCGCACUUGUCUACAACUUUGUAGGCUACCUGACAGGCAAUGCUGAUUAUUCGUGCAUGCACACGUGGAGCAGCGUCUUCAAGAAAAACAUACGUAGUUGCUCAAAUAUGUGUUUUAAUUAAAGACGUGGACUUCUUUGCAUGCACAAUUAGGUUAGCCUAUUUAAUUUUUUUCUGCAACUUUAAAAAAUGCCUUCACCGAAAGCAAGAAGGAAUGGCAAUCGAAGUGGAAGUAUUUCGGGAAUCUUUGGAAGCAGUGUCAGCGGAAGAUUUGAAUUCGGGCCAGUGCACCCUCGUAGAUCUUCCGAUUAUUCGUUGCGACGUCGAGCCUCGAGUUUUUCCAGUGCGUCUGUGUUCGGCAAUGGGGCACAGUCUCAGGAAAAUCCAAAGCGACUCAAUUUAUCUUUCAUCACUAUUGCAUUUAGGUUUUUACUAGCUAUUGACUUAUGGCUUUCAAAACGACUUGGCGUUUGUACUUGUGAAGACUCCCUGCUGGGAAGUAUAAGGCCUCUGGUAAAACUAGUGGAGGUCAGUGGGCACGGAGUACCGUGGCUUAUAAGCGCAGUUUAUGGUUUGGUCUACAGCGACUCGGCGGCUGAGCUGGAGACAAUGUUAAACCUUCUAAUGGCCUUAGUGCUGGACAUGGCAUUAGUUGGGAUAGUGAAGGCCAUCGUGCGACGUCGGCCUCCAUCCCACAGUCGCUCGGACCUGUUUAUGCCCUUUGCGGUGGACCGCUACUGCUUCCCGUCGGGCCACGCCACCCGGGCAUCCAUGUGUGCCUGCUUCCUGCUGACGCGCCUGGUGUCGGCCGGCCCGCUGCGCGCCCUGCUGCUGGCCUGGGCUGGCCUGGUGGGCCUCUCACGAGUCCUGCUGGGCCAGAGCAACGUGACGGACGUGCUGUUCGGCCUCUGCCUGGGCUACUGCCAUUACGGGCUGGUGGACAGGCUUUGGCUGUCCCCCGAGCGGCUGCAGGACAUCCUGACAACCUUCCUGCGGGACAGCUUGGCCGGAGUGUGACCGAAUUGCCCCCCCUACC